AUGCUUUCAAUAGAAAAAGAAAAUUCAAGAGUUGCUACAACUAAACCAUUAGAUGAACUUUUUACGAAUGUCGGUCAAAAGUUUGAGACAGAGACCGUAAAGCAUGAAGGCUAUCGUUUUGACUACCCAUUGAGAUGGUUAAGAGACCCAUCCGUCACAAAAGCUGUUGGCUUUCGUAGAAUGAAGUUCAUUUCAGAAGCCAUACAUGGUUUCCCAUUUACGGUCGCUUUUGAAAUUCGAUACUAUAACAAAGAAAAACGUACG